AUGACACAUUCCGAGAUUAAUUCUACAGAGACGACGUCGACUCCUCUGCGGGAAGACAGAUACUGGGUGGAUGGGUGUUUUGAUUUCACGCAUCACGGACACGCGGGUGCGAUCCGGCAGGCUCGUAAGCUGGCCAACGAGCUGUAUGUCGGUAUCCACACUGAUGAGGAGAUUUAUGUGAAUAAAGGACCCGUGGUUAUGAAACUUGAGGAACGGGUUACAGCCGUUGAGGCUUGUAAAUGGUGCACUAAGUCAGUUCCUGGAGCUCCCUACGUGACAGAUCCUGAAGUGCUCGACUCCUACGGAUGUAAAUAUGUGGUUCACGGUGAUGAUAUUACUACUGACGCUGAUGGUAACGACUGUUAUCAGGUGGUUAAAGAUAUGGGCCGGUUUGUUGUUGUGAAACGUACACCCAAUAUUUCUACUACUGAUUUAGUCGACCGAAUGCUUAGUUCGCGCACUACUCACCAUAUCGAGAGUAUCACUCCUAGCAACUAUUCAAGUCAUGUGCUGAUUAAUGACGAGGAUUCGUUAACCCGGUUUAAAGACUAUGCUACUGCUGUCGACGCCAAAGCUCCUUGGAGCGGUGUUUAUGUGUCAGUGGACGAUAAGACUUCGGUCCUUGUAGAACCAGCUGCUGGUGUGGCCGAUAAGCUAAAGAAAAAUGCGUUUUAUGUUGAUGGAGGAUUUGAUCUUUUUUUUAUGGGUCAUAUUGAAUUUCUGCGACUUGUUCAUGAAGAAGCCCAGAGAUCGAAUGCUGUGGUUGUCGUUGGUCUUCACGACGACGCGACCGUUAACAGCGUCAAGGGCGAAAACUACCCUAUCAUGAACCAGUUCGAGCGGGCUCUCUGUGUUUUACAAUGUAAAUAUGUCGAUUCCGUGGUCAUUGGUGCCCCUUUUACCCCGGAUGAGCCGUUUAUCAACUCUCUGUCUCCACAUAUGACCAUCAAACAAGUUCUACACGGACCCACACCUAUUGUCGGUGAAAAGGGCACUAAAACCGUUGACCCUUAUGUCUACGUCAAAGAGCAAGGAAUCUACAAGCAGAUCGGUCCUCACAAAUACGACGACGUCUCAUCCAACAAGAUUGUCGACCGUGUCCUCGAGUACCGCGAGCAGUACGAAGAACGCCAGCGCAAAAAGGGCGUCAAAGCCGUCAACGAACGCGAUCUCGAAGCUAUAGAAAAGGCGACUGCUAAAUAG